GAGGCCCAUCUGCUUGUCUAGUACAAUUUACAGCAUCGCACACACACGCAGUCAUAAAGCUUUAGGAGGCUGCGCACCAAGGCAUCGGUCUCUGAUAGAGGAACGGGGAGCUGGGACCUUUACGCGCUCUAACGGACAGCACAUCCUUUGAUAUUCUCUGGAUUCUUCUUGAUUUUCGUAGACCAAUACCUCAUAUUGAGGAAGGCCGUUGUUCUUUUUGGAAUCAAUUGACGAUUGAAAAAACAACUAAAAUUCAAAGGGAAUGCAUGAUAUUGGUAUAUGAUGCGUUUCCCCUUUGCUCAUUAUCUUUUUGUUCAUCAUUUUCCUGCUUUAGCUCGCCGAAAAUAAACUUUGAAGCUAGACAUGACGAGAGUUCUUCAUCUGACAGCUCCCAGCCAGUUGUCAAGCCCCAAAAUAUGACUCCCACUGAAUGGCGGUCAGCAGCCAGAUGGGCCAUAUUCAUCCCAAACAACAGCAUUCUCUUUGUGGCGGGAUGCUCACAUGGCUGCUUUCUUCCUCUGGAGGUUUUCUGCAGUGGAACGAAGGGGAGAUCCGAACACAUGACAGUAAUAGGUAUGGUGAGGGCUACCAGCCCCCUCCACCGCCAUACACACCACAACAAACCGGCUACCAGGCUCCUGUCCAGGGGCCAGGACACAAGGAGUCUCUCCCUGGCUGCAGAGAGCACAACGCCGCGGCCAAGGAGCGCUUCUCCGCGGGGGAUCCAUGCCAGGCCUGGCUGACCUGUAAGCAGUCUCAGGUGCAGAGGAAGGCGAUAUGCCAGGGCAAAGAGAGGCCGCCAGUGGUGGUCUACCCGUGGAUGAAGAAAGUGCACAUUAACCAUGUCAACCCCCACCACCUCGGACCCGAGCCCAAGCGCCUGCGGACGGCGUACACGCGGCAGCAGGUCCUGGAACUGGAGAAGGAGUUCCACUUCAGCCGCUACCUGACGCGCCGCCGCCGGGUGGAGGUGGCUGGGGUGCUCUGCCUAGCCGAGCGGCAGGUCAAGGUCUGGUUCCAGAACCGCCGCAUGCGGUGGAAGAAGGAUCACAAGCUGCCGAACACCAAGGGGAAGAACAAGAACAAGAAGCCCGCAGACAGCGGCCCUCCCCGCCUUGAGGGGCUGGCGGCGGUCUGAGCCUCGGCAGAGGCUCGGUGGAACAUUGGUACCGGUACCGGAGAGGAGAGGGCCGGUACCGGAGAGGAGAGGUCGUUACCGGAGAGGAGCGCCGCCGCCCGGUGCGCGGUCCCCUCAGACUCCGAGGGGAUGGACGCGCUGGAGAAAACAGGGUUUAUUUUUACAGGGUACACAAACAGGGUUUUUUCUUUACUGAAGUAGUUAUCAAAGUUAUUUCCAUGCACAUGUACAGGCCUUAAAGUGGUUCCAAUAAACAGGUUAAAUACUGUAUGUACUGUAGUAGCCUACCAAAUACAGACCACCCCUGGAACUCAUCAGGCGCAUUUAUGCUUCAAUGUUUAUUAUUCAAAUUGUAAGCUAUAUUGUGAUAGAAAAUACCGACACCUAAGCUACUAUUAAUAAUAAUGUUUAUUAUAGAAAAAUAAUUACUAGGUCGAGCGGAUUCAUUUUCGUACAGUAGGCAUCGAUUUAAAACGUUAUGGACCAUGUCGUGUUUAAUGGAUACAUUCAAAUGGAAGGGACAGCUGGUCUACAGCCUUUAUCUGAGGGCCGGGAGGCCUAUACGGAUUGGGUCCCCACACUCACUGGGACAACCUCAAAAUUAGGCUGACAUGUUUUCUGCACUGACCGAUUUUUUUAAUAGGUAGGCCUACUACUCAGGGUUACAGGGUCAAAAGAUUUCUGAAAUCUUUAUUUGUAAACACAGAGUCGUCAAACAAGUACUGUUCUAAAAUUGAAAUGAUGAUGCUUUCGGAUUUUUGUUAUUCCAGAUUGAUAUGCUAUUAUUAUUAUUGUUAUUAUUAUUAUUAUUAUUAUUAUUAUUAUUAUUAUUAUUAUUAUUAUGAUUAUUAUCACAGUCAUCAUAGUUCAAUUUAUAUUUUAUUUUUGGUAGCAAUUAUUAUCUUGGUUGAUGUGAUAUAUUUUUCAUGAAUGUAUUGUUUUAUAUUUAGACAUUUGUAACAAUAAAUAAAUAAACGCUGUCGUUGUCCAACGAUGGUGAAAUAUCUCA